UCACUGAUCCACGGAAAGAGCCGAAGAUGUCAGCUCGGUCAUGUGAUCAGCUGUGUGCAAUCACAGCUGAUCAUAUGUAAACAGGGAAAUGCCAGUUAUCGGCAUUUCUAGGGGACAUGUACACUGAUCAUCAGAGCACUGAUGAUCAGUAUAGCCCCAGCAGUGCCACCUGUCAGUGUCCAUCAAUGCCAGCUGUCAGUGCUCAUCCAUGCCACCUGCCAGUGCCCAUCAGUGCCACAUAUCAGUGCCUACCAGUGCACAUCAAUGCCACAUAUCAGUGCCCAUCUGAGCUGCCUUUCAGUGUCACCCAUCAGUGCCAGUCAGUGCCACCUAUCAAUGCCAAUCAGUGCCACCUAUCAGUGCCGCCUAUCAGUGCCAUAUAUCAGUGCUGCCUGUUAAUGUCCAUCAGUGAUGCCUGUCAAUGCCCAUCAGUG